UCUUCUUAAAAUUGAGAGGCAAGGAAGUAGGCCUUAAACACGAUAUUUUGUUGGUUUGGUUUUGUGUGUUAAUAAUUAAAAGACCAAACAGAAAACCACAAAAGCGUUCCAAUCACAUACCUUUCGUCCACCUUCUUCUCCCCAUCUCUCGUCUCCUCAGAGAGAGAGAAAAAUGGCGGCUUUCACAACGCUAACGCCAUGCCAAGCCACCACCUUGUAUUCUAAUAAUAUUAAAAUUUCCCAUUAUCUUAAUCAGUAUCAAUUUCAAAACGUUUAUAUGAAUAAAGCUAAGUCCUCUUUGCUUAGUUAUCAUUAUCAGCCUAGUUCUUCUCCCGCUUUCUCUUCUCUGUCUACACAAUCCAAAUUAACUAUACCACCAACCCAUUUCUCUACUUCAGGCAGUGGUAGCUCAUGGUUGAAAGAUGGUAAUUCCAUCCAUCAUGAUGCUAGCAGUGGUAGUGGAUUGAGGCAGGGUCCAAUAUAUUCAGUUUUUCCCACGAAACCUGCUGAAAUUUCCUCUGUACAGGACCUUUAUGAAUUCAUAUGCUCUGGUCCUCUCGUGGAAAAAGUGGGCCUGACCCCAGAAAAGGUGGCAGAGUCCAUUGAUAAGUGGUUGUUUUAUGGGUCAAAGCUUUGUCGACUGUUUCAGGUCAACGAACUUUACCUUACUAUUCCUCAGAAAGCAAGGUUUUAUCACUACUACAUACCAGUUUUUGUAUGGUGUGAAGAUCAGAUAUCACAACACAUGUCCAAGUUUAAAGAUGGGGAAGACAUACCUCCCUUAGUGGUAUGGAUAAGGUUCUCAGAUGAUUGUUGUAUUGGUUUUAGUGCACCACAGGGUUGUGGAAAGACAACACUCGUCUUUGCUCUUGAUUAUCUUUUCAGGAUCACUGGCAGGAAGUCUGCAACAUUAUCCAUAGAUGAUUUCUAUUUGACAGCAGAGGGUCAGGCCAAGUUGAGGGAAGAGAACCCAGGAAAUGCACUUUUAGAGUUGCGUGGAAAUGCUGGGAGCCAUGAUCUUCCGUUCUCUGUUGAAACACUAACAGCUGUGAGCGGGUUGACUAAAGAAGGUAUGAAGAUGAAGCUUCCUCGAUAUGAUAAAUCUGCAUACAGUGGGAGGGGUGACAGAGCUGAUCCUUCAGUAUGGCCUGAAGUUGAAGGACCACUAACGGUUGUUCUGUAUGAAGGCUGGAUGCUUGGCUUCAAACCCCUUCCAUCUGAAGUUGUUAAAGCUGUUGAUCCACAGCUAGAGACAGUAAAUAAAAAUCUUGAAGCAUAUUAUGAUGCAUGGGACAAAUUCAUUAAGGCGUGGAUUGUUAUAAAAAUUCAGGACCCAAGUUGUGUCUACCAGUGGCGUCUGCAGGCUGAGAUUGCCAUGAGGGAGGCAGGGAAACCCGGAAUGUCUGAUGAGGAGGUGAAAGAUUUUGUUUCACGUUACCUGCCUGCUUACAAAGCUUACCUGCCUACCCUGUAUUCUGAAGGACCAAAUGGAUCAGAUCCAAAGCAUCUCCUCAUAAUUGAAAUCGAUGAAGGGAGGAAUCCCAUCUUAGGUGAGUAGAUCUUUUUUUUUUUUUUGAAUAUAAGUUUCCAAUUCAAUUUUGAUUUCUUGUAGAAGAUGUGUUCUGAGGUGUAAUUACUUGUAAAUUUUCUCAUUUUACAAUCAAUUGAUGAGAUUGUAAAUGUGUCACGACCCUUUUUGUUUUUUCCUUGGAGAUGAAAGAUUAGAAUGAAAUGGCAGCAAAUCCUGAUAAUAGU